AUGGUUAGGGAAGACAGAACCACCUGGAAGGCUAACUAUUUCCUGAAGCUGGUCGAGCUGUUUGACGAAUAUCCGAAAUGCUUCCUCGUCGGAGUUGAUAAUGUCGGAUCGAAACAAAUGCAAGAAAUCCGUCAAGCUAUGAGAGGCCAUGCUGUCAUCCUCAUGGGAAAGAACACCAUGAUCCGCAAAGCCAUCCGCGGACACCUUUCGAAGAAUCCGGCACUCGAAAAGCUGCUGCCCUAUAUCGUGCAGAAUGUCGGUUUUGUCUUCACCAAGGAAGAUCUUGGAGAGAUUCGUACAAAACUACUGGAGAACAGAAGGGGAGCUCCAGCGAAGGCUGGUGCUAUCGCACCGUGUGAUGUGAAGCUGCCUCCUCAGAACACUGGUAUGGGACCCGAGAAAACUUCGUUCUUCCAGGCUUUGCAGAUUCCCACCAAGAUCGCCAGAGGUACCAUUGAGAUUCUCAACGAGGUGCAUCUGAUCAAGGAAGGAGAGAAAGUCGGAGCUUCCGAGGCUGCUCUCCUUAACAUGCUUGGCGUUACACCGUUCUCGUAUGGUCUCGUUGUGAUGCAAGUGUACGACAACGGUACAAUCUAUUCGCCUGAGGUGCUUGAUAUGACCACAGAUGAGCUUCGCAAGCGCUUCUUGGCUGGUGUUCGCAACGUUGCUGCUGUAUCGCUCGCUAUCAAAUACCCGACGAUGGUUUCGGUCGCCCAUUCGUUGGCCAGAGGAGUACAGAACAUGCUCGGAAUCGCUGCUGUCACCGAUGUCAGCUUCAAGGAGGCUGCUCAGCUCAAAGAGUACCUGGCUGACCCGAGCAAGUUUGCCGCUGCGGCCGCACCAGCUGCAACUGCAGCUGCUCCGGCUGCUGCCGCUGAGACCAAGAAGGAAGAAGUAAAGGAGGAGUCUGAAGACGAAGAUCUUGGCUUCGGAUUGUUCGAUUAA